AUGGGGCCGGCGACGGAGGAGGGAGAGGAGGCGGCGGAGCGCGACGAGGAUGAAGGGGACGGCGGCGCCGACCGGCUGCGGCGCGGAGCAGGGCGGAGGCGGGGUCGGCGAUGGCCGGCGGCGACGGACACCGGCGACGCGGGCGAGGUGCGGCGGGGCACCGGCGCGGCGCGGCGGAGCACCGCGGGAGGAGCGCGGGGCGCGAGCGGAGACGGGCGGGCCGCGCGGGCCCGACUCGGGCCCCGCGGGCCGGCGGCGGCGGAUGGCGGCGGAGGACAGGUGUCGGCGCCGGAUUCGUCGGUCGGCGAGGGCGGACGUGUCCGGCGCGGGCGGAUUUUGUCUGGCGGGGUGAGGUGGAAGACGCUAGGGUUGGACUGCGAACGUAAUUUCGGGAGAGAAGCAAAUAAAUAG